CUCAUCAUGGCUUACUCCAAAAUAAACAUCCAACAAGAAGACGCUGACUUCAAAAAAGAAGUUCAAGAAAUUAAAAAAUGGUGGUCUCAACCUCGUUGGGCUAAAACUAAAAGAAUCUAUCAACCUGAAGAUAUCGCCACAAAGAGAUCAUCUUUAAAAAUUGAAUACCCAUCUUCAGUACAAGCUAAGAAAUUAUACAAGUUGUUGCAAGAACAUGACCAAAACAAGACAACUUCAUUCACUUUUGGUGCAUUGGAUCCAAUCCAUGUUGCCCAAAUGGCUAAAUACUUAGAUACCGUUUACGUUUCAGGUUGGCAAUCAUCUUCAACUGCUUCCACUUCAAAUGAACCUUCACCUGAUUUAGCUGAUUAUCCUUAUGAUACCGUUCCAAAUAAAGUUGAACAUUUAUGGUUUGCUCAAUUGUUUCAUGAUAGAAAACAACGUGAAGAACGUUUGAAUUUACCUGUUGAAGAACGUGCCAAGUUACCAUAUAUUGAUUUCUUGAGACCUAUUAUCGCGGAUGCUGAUACUGGUCAUGGUGGUAUUACUGCAAUUAUCAAAUUGACUAAAUUAUUUGUUGAGAGAGGUGCUGCAGGUAUUCAUAUCGAAGAUCAAGCACCAGGUACCAAGAAAUGUGGUCAUAUGGCUGGGAAAGUUUUAGUUCCUAUUCAAGAACAUAUUAAUCGUUUAGUGGCUAUUAGAGCUUCUGCUGAUAUCUUGGGUUCGGAUUUAGUUGUUGUGGCUAGAACUGAUUCUGAAGCUGCCACUUUAAUCACUUCUACAAUUGAUCAUCGUGAUCAUUAUUUCAUUGUCGGUGCAACUAAUCCUGAUGUUGGUGAUUUAUCUCAAUUACAAUUUGAAGCGGAAUCAAAGGGGAUUUAUGGUGCUGAAUUACAAAAAAUUGAAGAUGAAUGGACUGAAAAAGCUGGUUUGAAAUUGUUUCAUGAAGCUGUUAUUGAUGAAAUUAAUGCAGGUUUUUAUCCAAAUAAACAAGCUCUAAUUAAAGAAUUUAUUUCAAAAGUUAAUCCAUUAUCUCAAACUUCAAAUAAAGAGGCUAGAGUCUUGGCCAAGAAGCUUUUAGGUAAAGAUAUUUAUUUCAAUUGGGAAGCUCCAAAAGUUCGUGAAGGUUAUUAUCGUUAUUUAGGUGGUACCCAAUGUGCUAUCAACCGUGGUCGUUCUUAUGCUCCAUAUGCUGAUAUGAUUUGGAUGGAGUCAAAAUUACCUGAUUAUGAUCAAGCUGUUGAAUUUGCUCAAGGUGUUAAAGCCAAAUAUCCUGAUCAAUGGUUGGCUUAUAAUUUAUCCCCAUCUUUUAAUUGGAAUAAAGCAAUGUCUCCAGAAGAUCAAGAAACUUAUAUUCAAAAAUUGGCUAAAUUGGGGUAUGUUUGGCAAUUUAUCACAUUGGCUGGGUUACAUACUACUGCAUUGGCUGUUGAUACAUUUGCAAGAGAUUAUGCCAAGAUUGGUAUGAGAGCUUAUGGUCAAAAUGUUCAACAACCUGAAAUUGUUAAUGGUGUUGAAGUUGUUAAACAUCAAAAAUGGUCAGGUGCUGAAUAUAUUGAUAAUUUAUUGAAGACUGUCACUGGUGGUAUUAGUUCCACUGCUGCUAUGGGUGCUGGUGUUACUGAAGAUCAAUUUAAAGAUAAAGAAAAGUUGUAGAAGCUGCCUAGUCAUUCUGGUUAAUGAUUUGUUUGGUUUUUAUAGGUCAUAUAAUUUUCAAUUUGUUUUUGUUUGAAUGGGAUUGUAGGAAAUUAAAUCUGGUAACUCUUCUCUUUAUGAUUCUUUAGUUAUUCAUUUUCAUUUUGAUUCGAAUAAGUGCCCAAUAACUUGUACAUUGAUUGUUAAAAGAUGGAAAUUUUCACUCUCGGAGAUUUUCAAAAUUUACAUACACUUCAAACUUCAAACACAACCAACCGACAAAAUACCACAGCUAAUCACCCCUAUAACC